UAUAUAUUGACAUACAAGGUCACCUGCUCGUCUCUUGCAGAUUAGGGUUUACGCUGCUGCUGCCUCUUCCGCCGCCGCAUCAAAUUUACCGGGGGGACGCACGCUUCUUCGAACCACGCAACAAUGGCGGAGCAGACAGAGAAGGCCUUCUUGAAGCAGCCUAAAGUGUUUCUUAGCUCCAAGAAAUCAGGGAAGGGUAAAGCGCCUGGAAAGGGAGGAAACAGAUACUGGAAGAGCAUUGGAUUAGGGUUCAAAACACCACGUGAAGCCAUUGAAGGAACAUAUAUCGACAAAAAAUGCCCCUUCACCGGCACUGUCUCCAUCCGAGGCCGCAUCCUAGCUGGCACAUGCCACAGUGCAAAAAUGACCCGAACCAUAAUUGUCAGGAGGAACUACCUGCACUGGGUGAAGAAAUACCAAAGAUAUGAGAAGAGGCAUUCCAAUACGCCGGCACACAUUUCACCAUGCUUUCGUGUGAAGGAAGGGGAUCAUGUCAUCGUCGGCCAAUGCAGGCCAUUGUCGAAGACGGUGAGGUUUAAUGUCCUCAAGGUGGUCCCGGCUGGCUCCUCCGGGCGGGGGAAGAAGGCUUUCACUGGGAUGUGAAAUCCAGGUUGCUAGAUUUUAAUGUUUUUUUUGCAAGGAAGAUGAGUUUUGGACCACUGCUUGCUAUCUAUGGUUUAAUUUUGUGAUUUCAUCUUUGUUAUAACUCUUAUGAUUAUAUUAUAUAUACUCAUCGACAUUUCUUUAGAUUAUAUAUUUAAAUAGAACUGUUAUGGUUCUUGUA